AUGACAUCACAACAUGUACAAUUCGACUUUAUCAUUUCCGACCCUGUGUCGAACCCGAAGCCCGGAAAAAGCCUACAGAUCAGGAGCCGAUGUAUGCUUGGUAGGAAUAAGCGCGAAGGCUCAAGGAGAACGCAGCGAGAAAAAAGAAAGAUCGCGAAUGAGAUGUUACGAAGUGCUUCGUCAAGUAGAGCACCCGGUCAUUCGAAUACCUUCUCGCCAAAGCCUGUGGUCAAGGAUCUAAUUCCAACCCGCUUUACUGCGCGCGGAAUUGAUCCCGAGGCAGAGAUGCUUCUUGCUGAUGCAUUCGCAUUUAACUUUCUCGCCAAUGACGUUACACCUCUGGAACGCUGUACCAAUCUCGACUGCCUUGAAUCGGUGUGUUUCUCCUGGCUUUUCACCGACACUACUUUUCUGCAUUCCAUGCUGUGUGCGAGCUACGCCAUCAAAGACUUCAAGUCUCCCCAGUCUAAGGGCAGUCCGGGCGUCAAGACGACAUUCCAUCUUCAGGCAACCCUGUCAUUGCUACGCGUCAAAAUGCAGAAAUCGUUCGCACACCAAGAUGAAGCCGUCUUACGGGUCAUCAUAAACCUCACACUAUUGGCUAUCGGGUUUGGAGACUGGGUUACAGCAGCCACACACCUUAAGGGCUUGCGUGGGAUCGUGCAGCUUAGGGGAGACGCGGCAUUCCUGGCAGAGAGACCAACCCUGCAUUUCAAGCUCGAUCGGAUUGAUCUUGCAUGGUCUCUCGCCUCUGGCCGAAAACCUUACUUUAUGCAGCCUCUAAAGUCAUGGGACUGUCGCAUACGAUGUCCAUACCCGACUCUACCUCCAGAUCUUUACCAACCAUGGGCAGCCUGGGAUUAUCGUAUCGUGAACGUCUUCAAAGACUUUCAGAACCUCACAUUGAUGAUUAAUCGCAACCGCCUCAAGUUUCUCCCAGGACGGAGGAUACCGUAUGCCUGGGUGGUUCAGCAGCUGCGAAUAAUGUACGUUACCGGAGGGAGCGAAAUCAGACAAGACAAGAGUUUACUUCUUUGGGUUUUGCUCACCGCUUCAAUCACAGUAGCUGGGGCACACGACACCUGGAUACGAGAUGCAUUGAAAACUGCUGUGACUGGACUUGAAUGGAAAUACGUUCAGGCGCAUGUCUCAAGAGUAAUGUGGAUUGAGAUGGUUCAUAAUAGGACAGGUCAGAAAGCAUACGACCGACUUAGUGAUAUGAAGUCAAACUCUUAG